GGCGAGGGGGGGUGCGGCGGCUGAGGAUGGCCAUCUUAAGUGGCCGUUGAGAGUCAAGGGCCGCUUCCCCCGGGAAGGGGGCAUCGGAGCGGCCCAGGAGUUGAGGCCGGCGCUGCAGGCGGCGGCGGCGCGGCGAACAAGGCGGCCUGCGCGGCAGAGCGCGGAGCCCCAGACAUCCAGCUCGGUCCGGUCCGCGGAUCCUCAGGGCCCGGGCCCGGGCCCGCCCCCAGCCUCAGCCCCGAGCGUCCCGGGGCGGAUGGCGCGGGGCGGUGGGCGCGAGAGGCGCUGAGCCCUGCCCGCGCCAUGGCUUCGGCUUGCGGGGCGCCGGGCCCGGGGGGUGCGGGGCCCGGGGGCGCGCUGGGCAGCCCGGCCCCCGCCUGGUACCACCGCGACCUGAGCCGAGCUGCCGCCGAGGAGCUGCUGGCCCGGGCAGGCCGCGAUGGCAGCUUCCUGGUCCGAGACAGCGAGAGCGUGGCGGGCGCUUUCGCGCUCUGUGUCCUAUAUCAGAAGCAUGUGCAUACAUACAGAAUUCUACCUGAUGGAGAAGACUUCCUGGCCGUGCAGACCUCGCAGGGCGUGCCCGUGCGCCGCUUCCAGACCCUGGGUGAGCUCAUCGGCCUGUAUGCCCAGCCCAACCAGGGCCUUGUGUGCGCCCUGCUGCUCCCUGUGGAGCGGGAGCGAGAGCCAGACCCACCGGACGACCGUGAUGCCUCAGAUGGGGAGGAUGAGAAGCCCCCACUGCCCCCACGCUCUGGCUCCACCAGUAUUUCUGCCCCCAUGGGGCCCGGCAGCCCCCCAGCAGCCCCUGAGACUCCCACAACUCCAGCUGCUGAGAGUGCUCCCAAUGGGCUGAGUACUGUCUCGCACGAGUACCUGAAGGGUAGCUACGGACUGGACCUGGAGGCUGUGCGAGGUGGAGCCAGCAACCUGCCCCAUCUUACCCGCACCCUGGCCACCUCCUGCCGGAGGCUGCACAGUGAGGUGGACAAGGUCCUGUCGGGCCUGGAGAUCCUGUCCAAGGUGUUUGACCAGCAGAGCUCUCCCAUGGUGACCCGCCUUUUGCAGCAGCAGAAUCCACCACAGACUGGGGAGCAGGAACUAGAGAGCCUGGUGCUGAAGCUGUCCGUGUUAAAGGAUUUUCUGUCAGGCAUCCAGAAAAAGCUUUCAGCAUGUCCCCUGACCUUGCCCGCCCUUCCCUGCCCUUCCCCACUCCAGGCCCUAAAGGCCCUGCAGGACAUGAGCUCCACAGCCCCGCCGGCGCCGCUGCAGCCAUCCAUACGUAAGGCCAAGACCAUCCCCGUGCAGGCCUUUGAGGUGAAGCUGGAUGUGACCCUGGGUGACCUGACCAAGAUUGGGAAGUCACAGAAGUUCACGCUGAGCGUGGAUGUGGAGGGUGGGAGGCUGGUGCUGCUGCGGAGACAGCGGGACUCACAGGAGGACUGGACGACCUUCACACACGACCGCAUCCGCCAGCUCAUUAAGUCCCAGCGUGUCCAGAACAAGCUGGGAGUUGUGUUUGAGAAGGAGAAGGAUCGGACGCAGCGCAAGGACUUCAUCUUUGUCAGUGCCCGGAAGCGGGAGGCCUUCUGCCAGCUGCUGCAGCUCAUGAAGAACAAGCACUCGAAGCAAGAUGAGCCCGACAUGAUCUCUGUCUUCAUAGGCACCUGGAAUAUGGGAAGCGUACCACCUCCGAAAAACGUGACAUCUUGGUUCACAUCGAAGGGUCUAGGGAAAACCCUGGAUGAAGUCACAGUGACCAUACCCCAUGACAUCUAUGUCUUUGGGACCCAGGAGAACUCGGUGGGCGACCGCGAGUGGCUGGACCUACUACGCGGGGGCCUCAAGGAGCUCACAGAUCUGGAUUACCGCCCGAUUGCCAUGCAGUCACUGUGGAACAUCAAGGUGGCUGUGCUGGUCAAGCCAGAGCACGAGAACCGAAUCAGCCACGUCAGUACAUCCAGCGUGAAGACUGGCAUCGCCAACACCCUGGGAAACAAGGGGGCUGUGGGUGUCUCCUUCAUGUUUAAUGGCACCUCAUUUGGCUUUGUGAAUUGCCACCUUACCUCGGGAAAUGAGAAAACUGCCCGGCGGAACCAGAACUACCUGGACAUCCUGCGGCUGCUCUCACUAGGUGACCGACAGCUCAGUGCCUUUGACAUCUCUCUGCGUUUCACUCACCUCUUCUGGUUUGGGGACCUCAACUACCGCCUGGACAUGGAUAUCCAGGAGAUCCUGAACUACAUCAGCAGGAAGGAGUUUGAGCCCCUGCUCAGAGUGGACCAGCUCAACUUGGAGCGUGAGAAACACAAGGUCUUUCUUCGAUUCAGUGAGGAGGAGAUCUCCUUCCCACCCACCUACCGCUAUGAGCGGGGUUCCCGGGACACAUAUGCCUGGCACAAGCAGAAGCCAACUGGGGUCCGGACCAAUGUGCCUUCAUGGUGUGACCGGAUUCUCUGGAAAUCCUACCCUGAGACCCACAUCAUCUGCAAUUCCUAUGGUUGCACUGAUGACAUCGUCACCAGCGACCACUCCCCUGUGUUUGGGACAUUUGAGGUUGGAGUUACCUCUCAGUUCAUCUCUAAGAAAGGUCUCUCAAAGACUUCAGACCAGGCCUACAUUGAGUUUGAGAGCAUUGAGGCCAUUGUGAAGACAGCCAGCCGCACCAAGUUCUUCAUUGAAUUCUAUUCCACCUGCCUGGAGGAGUACAAGAAGAGCUUUGAGAAUGAUGCCCAGAGCAGUGACAACAUCAACUUCCUCAAGGUGCAGUGGUCUUCACGCCAGCUGCCCACGCUCAAGCCAAUUCUGGCUGACAUCGAGUACCUGCAGGACCAGCACCUCCUGCUCACGGUCAAAUCCAUGGAUGGCUACGAAUCCUAUGGGGAGUGUGUGGUUGCACUCAAGUCCAUGAUUGGCAGCACAGCACAGCAGUUCCUGACCUUCCUGUCCCACCGUGGCGAGGAGACAGGCAACAUCCGUGGCUCCAUGAAGGUGCGGGUGCCCACAGAGCGCCUGGGCACCCGUGAGCGACUCUACGAGUGGAUCAGCAUUGAUAAGGACGAGGCAGGAGCAAAGAGCAAAGCCCCCUCUGUGUCUCGAGGCAGCCAGGAUCCCAGGUCAGGGAACCGCAAGCCAGCCCCCGCAGAGGCCUCCUGCCCACUGUCCAGGUUAUUCGAAGAACCAGAGAAACCACCACCAACUGGGAGGCCCCCAGCCCCACCUCGAGCCGCUCCCCGGGAGGAGCCCUUGACCUCCAGGUUGAAGGCAGAGGGGGCUCCAGAGCCGGAAGGGGUGGCGGCCCCCCCACCCAAGAACAGCUUCAAUAACCCUGCCUACUACGUCCUUGAAGGGGUCCCACACCAGCUGCUGCCCCCGGAGCCACCCUCGCCUGCCAGGACCCCUGUCCCACCUGCCACCAAGAACAAAGUGGCCAUCACAGUGCCUGCUCCACAGCUUGGGCGCCACCGGCCCCCCCGUGUGGGAGAGGGGAGCUCAUCAGAUGAGGAGUCUGGGGGCACACUGCCCCCUCCAGACUUUCCACCACCACCACUGCCAGACUCAGCCAUCUUCCUGCCCCCCAGCCUGGACCCUUUGACAGGGCCAGUGGUCAGGGGCCGCAGUGGGGGUGAGGCCCGUGGCCCACCACCUCCCAAGGCCCAUCCAAGACCCCCACUACCCCCAGGCCCCUCACCUACCAGCACUUUCCUGGGGGAGGUAGCCAGUGGGGACGAUCGUUCCUGCUCAGUGCUGCAGAUGGCCAAGACGCUGAGUGAGGUGGACUAUGCUCCUGCUGGGCCUGGCCGCUCAGUGCUUCUGCCAGGCCCCCUGGAGCUGCAGCCACCCCGAGGACUGCCCUCAGACUAUGGUCGGCCUCUCAGCUUCCCUCCACCUCGCAUCAGAGAGAGCAUCCAGGAGGACCUGGCAGAGGAGGCUCCGUGCCCGCAGGGCGGGCGGGCCAGCGGGCUGGGCGAGGCGGGCAUGGGCGCCUGGCUGCGGGCCAUCGGUUUGGAGCGCUAUGAGGAGGGCCUGGUGCACAAUGGCUGGGACGACCUGGAGUUUCUCAGCCUAUCUUACCCCUACAGCGACAUCACCGAGGAGGACCUGGAGGAGGCCGGGGUGCAGGACCCGGCUCACAAGCGCCUCCUUCUGGACACCCUGCAGCUCAGCAAGUGAUAGCGGUGGCACUGCGAAUCUGCGAACUCAGCGCCCCUCCCCGACCCUACUAAGGCCCAGCCUUAGCCCCAAAGUAGAAAAUUAUGAGGGGUGGGGCAGUACCUCUCUGCCUAUUUAUUGGGGAUCUGCGUUCCCCACUGCCCAAUCAUGUUGGAAUGCCCUAAUUAGGACAUCCUGCCCUUCACCUUUUACAGCAGUGUCAGUUGCCGUAAUUACCAAGGACUUUGGUUAUUCUGGUGCUGACCUCCCUUUCUGGACCCCUACUCCCAGUCCCGGGGGUGCCUGUAGGGUCCAUUUGGGUACGUCUGGGCCCCCACUUCACCGCGGUUUCUGCUGCCCUCUAUCUGGCCUUGAACCACAGUGGGGGGUUCUCAGCUAGGACCUCCCCCAACCCCAACUCUGGGGGUGUCCGUCCGGAAAUGAAGGAAUAGCCCAAGGACCGGGCUGGGGUUUAUUUAAGCUUUUCUGCGUGGGUUUAGGGAGGGCAGGCACUUUAAUAUUAUUGGGGCCGGUUGGGGGUGGGGAGAAGAAUCUUGGGCCAUAAAGUGCUAGUUUGCUUAGUUCUCACUGUCUCCUGGUCUAUACCACCAUGGGGUGCGGAUGCGUGGCAGCAGUGGGUUCCUCGCUGGUUGCAAGGGGGACCGUCUCUUGCAGGCAGCCUAGCCCCAUCCUGAGUACUCAGAAGGGUUGCCAGCGUGAUGUCUUCAAUAAAUUAAGUUUUAUUUGGA